CCAGAAGGGUUGUUAUUGAUUUCACGGCUGUACAACAUUAUAUUAUAAUUUAUAAUGCAGUUCGGUGUUAUCUCGUCCGUAAUGACUCAGUUGUCCUCAAAACUUGACUAAAAUGUCACAUUAUAUGAAAGCUUCAAAAAAAUCUUUUUCAAGAAAUGCUCAAGACUUUAUUAUACGCCCUCUCCUUCGGCAGAGGGAAACUGGUGAGCUCUGUGAUCUGACAAUCAAGCUGAACGGACGGUGCUUCAAUGGCCACAAAGCCGUUCUGGCACUAUGGAGCCCAUAUUUUCUGUCCAUGUUCACUUGUGACAUGAGGGAACGCCUGACAAGGGAACUUGAUCUGUCAGAAUCGUUAAUUUUAGAAAGAGAUGAUGUGUUUGGAAUCGUCUUAGACUACAUGUACACAGGUUCUAUAACGUUGACCACAGACAAUGUUGAAGACAUUGUCAAAAUAUCAGAUUUUCUUCUCAUUGAUGAUGUGAAAGAGUACUGCAGGCAGUUCUAUUUAGAUCUUGGAAAUUUGGAUCUAACAAACUGUAUACGGCUUAAAUUUAUUGCAGAAGAUCAUAAUAUGCCAGAAGUUGCAAAAUUCGCACAGAAAAUGAUCGAAUCUCGUUUUCAUGACUAUGUUAUAUAUAAUGAAGAAUUGUUAGACUUGCUCCCAUCAUGCAUCUUCAGACUACUGGAAGAUUCUCGGGUUGUUCAACACACCAGCUACAAUGAACUCAAGAGAGUUGUACAGCGCUGGAUUGAUUUUGACCGAUCUGUUCGGCAGCAAUACCAAUCUGACCUCAUGACUUGUGUGAAGUCCUGGAUAUCAGACUAUGCAAAUGAAGCGUCUUACCUCGGACGAGAGAUGUCCACCAGUGAUAUUCUCCGGAGAUCCAUGGAGGGAUCCUUAACUACAGCUUCUGCCAGUGCUGAGCCCGAAGAUGCAGGUACAGAUUUCACAGCAAAACGAGACAGUGAGAGUCCAUCAGACUCGGGUAGCCAAGUGUUGUUGGCAGUGGUGUGUAACCAAGGACUCAAAUUCAUGAAGAUACUAAUUUAUAGUUUCCAAGAUCAAAAGUGGUACCAGUUCCCUGUUUCUGGAGAAAAAAUGUUGCAUUACAUGCCAGUUCGCCAAACUGUAUGCAAUAUGGUUUUAAAUGACAACAAACUUUUCAUGUAUCUCUGCUCAAGCUUUCCUUACCCAACAGAUAUGAUGAAGAUCAACAUUCUUGUGACAGAUCUAGUCUCUGGUCAGCCGACUCUUUUCUCAUUCCGGACUGUGGACUUUUACAACCCAUGUUACCGGACUACUCUCACAAAUAUCAGAACAGCGCCACCUGUGAUGGUUUCUUGCAAUAACCAGCUGUUUGUGCUUGGUAACAAGGAAGGAACUGGGCACCUGUUUAUGUGCAAUCUGGCCACCCACCAAUACACAUGCUUUCAAAUACCAGGCUCACGAUUCAUCAGUUUAGGCCGAGCAACCGUCAAAGACGACCGUCAUAUUUACAUGUGGUUCCGUCACCGCACAGGACCAUCUGAAGAGUUCUGUAUCAAAAAGUCAAUAGGUUUUGCAGUGUUUGACACAAGAACUAAGAUAUUCAGCUCGUGGGAAUUGCCCCCACCGGACAUUUCAUACGACGACUUUGCUAAGCCGUAUGUGAUGUGUGUGAGGGAGGAUACAGUGUUCAUCUACCAUCCAGGGCAACCUGCUCUUGUCCUGGACGAAGUCCGAUCCAAGUGGGUCACAUCCAUCAGGAGAAUCUCUACCCCUCAUCCUGACUUCAUUGUCGAUACUCCGGCAUAUGGGUUCCAGCUUCUUGUCCCCACAAGUGAAAGCAUCUUCAUCUUGAACAAUGAGUGCCCCUACACAACAUCGCUUCAUGAGGUGUCGGAGAAGUUCCCCUGUUCCAUGGCUCACAUUCCUCCUCCCAUUGACCACAUCUCGGUGGUUGCCGUUGGAUCUGUACCCAAGACAAUGAUGCAGUCACUUGACAAGUGCAGUCGCUAUGACGAUGCCUAUUCCAGUGCACUCCAUGUGGCAAUGCAGUAUUCGGACGGCGACUCCGACGACAGCGCUGCAUCAAACUACGAGGAACAGGACUCAGAAAAUGACUAUGAAUAUGAUGAAGAUAUUUAUGACUAUGAUUAUGAUGUUGAAAUUGGUUUGGACUUUUAAGAUGUAGGCAGUCAAUCAAAGGUAUUUUGAGACAAGCUUUAAUUAUAGCAAAAUAUUCUGAUCCUCAAGACUUACAUGAUGAGAUUAUUUCAAGUCUACAGUUGGUGACUCAAGGUUCAUGGAUUAGAAAUAUGAAAACAGUGUUUCCAGGUCAAAGAUAUUUUCAUAAAGCAUAAUUUGAAAACCUAAAACCAGUGUACUUCCAUAUGGGUCCAUAAUGGACAUUAGAAAGCUACACUUUUUCAUUGACUCUACAGUGACAAACUAGUAUUAUAUACACACAAAUCCUCUAGUUGUAGUCAUGCAUGGUCAAUUGUACAAUGGUCUUUUUUCUUAGGACAUAUUUUUUAACAUUGUUUAAGAUAUUUGCAUAAUAGAUUUAACUUAUUACAAAUAUACAUUCUGUACCCGAGGUACUGGUUAGUUUUACAGGUGAUGUCUUCAUGCUCUGUCUAUUAACAUUUCAUUGUUAAGAUUGGAAUUGAAGAUCUGACAUUUUCACUACUUAUGGGAGUCAGUCAGGGCAUUGGGUAAUAUUCAGAAGCGUCAAGGCCAGUAUAGAUUAAUGAUAAGUGAUUAGGAGGAAUUUCUUUCAUGAUACCCAAAGUUGUCUUCUAGCACCAGUUUUCACAAAACCGAGUCUUGAUAUACACUACUAAAAACACACAAAUAUUGAGGAGAGACAGGUAUACACACACUGUGAUGUAGUUUGAGGGCUUAUGACAUCAAUGAACAGUUCUUGGUAUUUGGCCUAAAAUAAUUGUUUCUCAUGAAUUCCAGAUUGCGAAAAUGGCAAUGUGACCAGGGUCAUUUUGUUUUCUUUUUUCAAUCCAUAUUUUUGUGUACAGGGUCUUGUUAUUAAACAGAGAACGAAAGAAGACGAACCAGUGACAAUAAAAUAAGACUGUAUUUAAUUCCAAGGACAGUGCUGACAGUACGUUCCAUGAAUUUGGAAACCAAACUGUCUUGUACAUAGUGUACCAUGAUAGUAAAGGAAAGAUAACUCUAAUUGAAGACUAAAAUCUAAAAUGUAGAAAAUUAGGAAUGAUUGAAUUCAGAACUGGGGGAAAAAGGCAUUGAGGUGUGAGAAUAUGGCAGGCAAGGAUAAUCAAUAAUUAAUUUAUACUGGCCUAGUAAUAUAUUGGCAGCAUUAUCUUCCUUCAAACUGUUGACCUCAUCAUUUGUUUGUUAUAUACUGUUCACAGUGAGAGAUGCCAAAUCAGGGCUAGAGCUGCUAUAGAUAAUGUGUCUGUUGUAAUAAAUAAUGUAUUGGUUUCAUUGUUCCCACUGUGAUAUAGCAACAUUAUUGGUUUAUGAUUGUGACUGUGUUUUAUAUGUUUGUGCACCUGUCUUUAUAUAUUAGAAUACAGUGGAAUGUUUCUAUGACAGCAUGAAUGUUUCUGUGUAACUACGAAGAUGAUCUCUUGCACAAUACUUGUGUGUAACUUGUGUGUAACUUGUGUGUCGCCAACACUGACAUUGUUGCAUCAACUUAAGGCCAGACUCCUUUUUGUUUUUUUCUUUACCCAAACAUUUAGGUCAGUAGGUAAAAAAGUAAAAACAAAAAUAUUCCUAGGUCAAAUAUAUUUUGUAAUUACUGCAAAAUGUUAAGA